AGAAAUUCUCCAUCACACAUUCACAGAGCUUAUUUACAUUUUGAUACAAUCUAAAGAACUUUGAUUUUAUACUAGAUGUUUCCUCUAUAAGUAGUGCAUUUUGAGGACCGUAUUUUCCCAUCAACCAAAAUAACACAGAUCAUAUAAUAUCUCACUAUUCCUGUCUCUCAAUGGCAUUGAAAGUUGUAAUGGUCUUGUUCCUUGCAAUGCUUGUGUUCACAGAGCACAAUGCUAUGGCCGAAGAACGGGACGCAGUAUGCUUGGCAUUAUGUAUACUAAGGUGCCAAAAAAGACCUGUGUGCCUAACUAGGCGCCUUUCCAGUUGCGCUAUAAUUGGAAACACAAAUGAAUCAGUUGAUACUGAAGCUGCAAACCAAAACCAUGUUUGUAAUGUUGGAUGUUCUCUUGGCCAUUGCUCCAAAUUUCUUGUCCAAUAUGGCACCUGGAAUGACGCGGCGCUAUCGCGCCGUGUCACUGAAAACUGACAACUGGGACCUGGGCUGACGGCGUGAUGUAAAGAAAUUGCGGUGCCCUUUUGAUUCUGAUUUUCACCAUUGGCGCGCGCCAUGAUCGUUCUACCUCACUGGAAUUGCACAAUUAUGAACUGGGCUUACAAAGCAAUGCGCCACUAUCGCGGAGAAACACUGUAAAUUGAUAAUUUCUAUUUACACUGACUCCAUGAUGCGGUUAGGGUCAAAAUGAUAGUGUUUAACGACUGAACUUAAAAUCGCCAUAACUUCUUACCCGGUUAUCGCAUUUAGGCAAAUUUUAUAUCGUUGGAAAGCUAAUUGAAAUUUCUACACAAUGGCAGGCUCUAAAA